AUGGCGAAACAGGAGAAUUCAAUGUCAGGGUCUAGUGGCAACGAUGCAGGUGCGAGACUGAGUCUAUUGAAAACUACAUUGUUGUCCAGGACCGGUGGAUCAAUUUCCAACACUGGCGAACAAUCAUCUGGCAUCGCAGGAACAGAUUUAACGCCUCUGCCGAUGAUAUCAUCACAUGAGGAUAUGUCUAACUCGGGAGUUAGUACAAAUCGUGGGCAGAAACUUGCAGAUCAGGAUGAUUCUGGCAUAUCCACAAACGAAGGAGAGCAUGUACGGGAACCAAUGAACAACGGAAGCUCCAAUAGUUCCAGUUCGGGAGAUAUAUUGAAUGCGAAUUCGAGUGCAAACUCCAGUUCUAAUGGAAAUCAAUUGUUGGAAGGAGCCAUGCAAAAAAAGUAUUUCUGCAAGGUAUGCGACCAGGGAUUUACACGUAAACACAACAUGGCGAGUCAUGAAUUAAUACAUUCUUCGUCGAAGCCCCAUGUAUGUCGAGUGUGUGAUUCGAAAUUCAGGCGCAUACAUGAUUUGAAACGUCAUGAAAAACUACACACCGGAGAGAAACCGUUCCAUUGCACUAAAUGCACUAGAAGGUUUGCAAGACCGGACGCCUUAAUAAGGCACCAGAAUUCGCCGAAUGCUUGCUCUGGAAAUACGCAUUCUAUCAGCCGAGCGGGUGGGACGUUCUUUUCGCAGAUGGUGCCUACUAGUAGCACGUCAGUUUCAGCAAUGUCUUCCCCAACAGCCAAUACCGACUGUAAGACCAGAGAUCCGGAUUUGAGUAGGUGGAAGGUGCUUCAGAACACUGGCCAAAAUUCACCUCCAUAUCAAACAUACCUUCCUACCCAAGCUCCGAAUAAUGAUAUCAGGACGCCCACAAUGGCUACUACGAAUACUAGAUCCACAUCCGAUAAUGAACAACAAGGGCAACAAUUCAACGAAUACUACCAUGCAUUAGAAAACCGGGAGCCUUACUUACCUUUACAAAACCAAUACUCACCAAAGCAAACGAACCCUCCAUAUUUGCCGUACUAUCUGCCUGUAUGUAAUAGUCAUCCUACUCACCUGAAUAACCCACCUCUUCCACAUACCAAUCACACGAAUCUGCAUUCUGGCCAACAACAUACCGCUCCUGCUGGCUUUGUCACCAUUUCAAAAUAUCAAGAUCUAGUGGCCUACACACAUAAAUUACAGGAAAGCUUAGCGAAGAUGGACUCUAGGCUCAAGUACUUAGAGGACCGGUCUGCCAGCUGGCUGAAGGAAGAUGAUAUGUUAAACCAAUCGAAGCGUACCAAUAAUGAUAGUACUGGUGGUAGUGGGUGA